AUUCAGUUUGACAGGUUAUCUGAGGUGUGCAUAUAAAAUAUACAACACUACCAAAAAAAUGAAAAUGAACAGGUGAACCCCACCUUCUUUAUAUACAUUUGGAAAGUACUUGAACGAACCAUCAGCAAGCGAAAGAGCUUCCGUCAUCUGCGUGAAGCGGUGACGUCAAACAGGAACCCGAGGAAGGAAGGUUGACAAAUCAAGAUGGCGUUCCACGAUGAAGCAGGAAAGAGAUUUCAAUAUAAAUAAUACUCCUGUGCAAAAACACACUCGAAGCAAGGAGUCAUCUCAGCAAGCGACCAUUUGGAUUUUGGAAGAACAAGACGUGCGGAUACUGGUACAAUACCUGUGUGUGUAAAUGUUGAGUCAGUUUUACAUGGGCGGUGGCAGCAUUGAGUCAGCCAGACACAACACAACUACUACCACCAGGCCAGCAGCAUAGCUAAGCUUUACGCGUCAACGUUUGCGUUUUACCUAAAAACACACAUACAUUGCAAACAUACAUUUGAAAGAAUCAUUAUCGUUUACUAUAAAUGUGGCGAACCAUAACUUCUGUGUUCGUCACCUCCUUAAAGAAUCUCUAAAUGGCUGCAAGGAAGUCUGGAUCGGACAACUACAACAAUGGUCCCCUCAGUUACCUGGAAGAUGUUCCCUUCAAAAUCAACGAGCGGUUCCGCUGCCCUGCCAAAGUUGGGCUGCCUGUUGGGUUCUGUUUACCUGAUUGUGGUUCCGUACUGAGUGACCUGCAGUAUGACUUCUCCCUGGAGAGGAGAAGUGUGCGUUGGGGACAAGAGCUGGCCGAGGCCCGGGCAGGCGAGGCGAGAGCAGAAGAAGCAGCAGCUGCAGCCAGACAGGAAGCAGAGACCCAGGCUGCCUUGGCCCAGGAUGUUGACAACAGAGAUGGGAACAGACAUUCCGGAAAGGACCAGGACCCCCCACCACCUGCACUCAACCCAGUUCUAGCAGGACUUUGCCACAAUGACAUCCUCACCCCACUCCCAGCACCGAGCCUGGGGCCUAGGAAGGCCCUGCCCAGCACUCCUUUAGUGCAUUGCCUCAACCUGGCUGACUUUGAACGGGAAGAGGACCCUUUUGAUAAGCUGGAACUCAAGACUUUAGAUGAUAGGGAGGAGCUACGCAAUAUCCUCGAGAGCCAACCACAGCCCCCGCCUCCUCCCUCUAUUUCCCCACCAGAGCCUGCCCAGAUUCCGCCAGUCGUGCAUGGUAGCUCUCCUCCUAACACCAACACCAGCCACCUGGUUAAGCCAGGCUUUGUUCACAAACCGAAUGGGUUUGUUGGUCUGAUGGACAUGGAUCGAGCAGGGGGCCCGGGUAGAGGAGCACUGGACUCGGACGAUCGACCCUGUAACAUCCGGUCGCUUACAUUUCCCAAAUUAUCCGAUCCUGGUGACAGUGAGCCAGCUCGCAUGGGCUACCACCCUCUUCCAGUCCCAGUUCCCCGACGUAACGUAGUAAAUGGCAGCCCACCAGCGUUCCCAAAGACCCAUGUGAUUGUUCCCCCGGACCCAUCCAGCCACCCUAGGAACGGAGCUCCGAAACCGACCCACCCAGGGGCGGGCACGGGGGGUCUGCCAUGCGGGGGAGCUCUUCUCAGCCUGACCCCUAGUGAGCGCCAGUGUGUUGAAACCAUCGUUGGCAUGGGAUACUCCUAUGAGGGAGUCUUGCGCGCCAUGCAGAAACAAGGGCAGAAUGUGGAGCAGGUGCUGGACUAUUUGUUUGUGCAUGGACGUCUGUGUGAGCGGGGAUUUGAUGCCAUUGCUGUGGAGGAGUGUCUAGAGAUGUACAAGUGUUCAGAAGAAAAGGCCUUGCAGUUUCUUGAGCUGAUGUCAAGAUUUGGUGAGAUGGGCUUUGAGCGAGAGACUAUAAAAGAGGUGCUACUGGUCCACAACAAUGACCAGGAUAAGGCUCUCGAGGACCUGAUGGCACGUGCCACAGCCAGCUGAGCCAAGCUGGUUGGGAAGUCAAUGCCCAGUGCAAGGCUUGUCUCCCUCGGUCGCUCCCCCCACUCUCCCCCAAUCCCUUCCUUAUGCCUACCUUAAUGACACCAGGCCCACUCACUCUGCUUUUGGAAGGAGAGAGGGCCUUGAUUCCCGCUCUGUGUUGAAAACAUGCCUCUGUACUUCUUAAAUACUGUGUGCCUAGAGCGGAGGAA